UUUACGUCAUUUGGUAGUUGCUUUAAGGAGAAGGAUUCAGAGUUUGGGGAGAGAUUUAGAGGAGUGUCGAGAGAAUGCAGUAGAGCAGAUGCAGGGAAGAUGGUUGUUAGAACAACAGUAUGCGAGAUUGGUGGGAGAGAGGAAUCGAUUAAGAGCAAGUGUGGCGAAUUAUGAGGAGGAGUUGAGAAGGUUGCAAGAAGAACAAGGAGGGGAUAAUGAUGGUGAUAGGUUUAUAGGUUAUG